UCUUUUUUUUCUUAGAUAUCAACAUCGAUCGCAGAUUCGCAGGCAUAUAUGGUUGUUGUACGUUUUGAUAAUUCAAGAGUAGAAAUUAUUUGAUACUUCACGUCUAACAAGAAAAUGUCCAUACCCACCAGAUCAGAUCAUCCCCUCCGACAUUGUACUUAAAUUAUUUAUAAUUAUUUUGAAAUAGUCGUUGUUAAUAGAGAUGCUGAGUAAAAUAGGAAAUAUGUUAAGAGAGGAGGAGUCUUGUCGUUCUACUUGUCGUCCCUUCUACUUAUCACCAUAACAAAGGUGGUGAGGAGAAGAGCGUGAAACCAGAUGCGAAUCUUUUUAGCAAAGCAAAAGCGUAUUACGGAUUUGCUAAAUCGGAUUUAUCCGAAGAAAAAACAAAUGCUACGAUGAAUAAAGGGAAAGAAGUGGGUCAGUCUGAGUCAUCUUUCAAUCUUCGAGGUCUUGAUGUGAGUGGGAGAGGUGUACCCCUGUCGAGCCUUGGCAAAAUACAAAGCUCACUUUGCUUACUGUUGAAUCUUCACUUCUCAACUCCUUUGAAAUCUAGAACCACUGAAAUAACAUUGCGAGAAGUGGUUGGGUGGGUGGAGGAGCCUUCUUUAAUUGGGUUUCCAUUAAUGGAGGUCAAAGUUUGCUUCUUUUUGGCUAUUCUAUUAUGGUUAGUUUCAUACGGGGAGUCCAAGUACAUGGUCUAUAAUACUUCACACUCCAUAGUUCCUGGGAAGCUCAAUGUCCACUUGGUCGCUCACACCCACGACGAUGUUGGUUGGCUCAAGACCGUGGACCAGUAUUAUGUUGGUUCCAACAAUUCUAUCCAGGGGGCUUGUGUGCAAAACGUAUUGGAUUCUGUCAUACCUGCGUUGUUGGCAGACCAGAAUCGGAAGUUCAUUUAUGUUGAACAGGCAUUUUUCCAGAGAUGGUGGAGAGAUCAGAGCGAGGCUAUGCAGAACAAAGUCAAGCAGCUUGUCACAUCAGGUCAACUAGAGUUAAUCAAUGGGGGUAUGUGCAUGCAUGAUGAGGCAGUGACACAUUACAUUGACAUGAUAGAUCAGACAACCCUUGGGCAUCGGUUUAUCAAGGAAGAGUUUGGCGUGACUCCAAGAAUUGGUUGGCAAAUUGAUCCUUUUGGACAUUCUGCUGUGCAGGCUUACUUGUUGGGUGCUGAAGUUGGAUUUGACUCCCUUUUCUUUGGCCGGAUAGACUACCAAGAUAGAACUAAGCGUAAAAAUGAGAAAAGCCUUGAAGUUGUGUGGCGCGGUUCAAAGAGUCUUGGUUCAUCUUCACAGAUUUUUGCCGGUGCAUUUCCUGAAAACUACGAGCCUCCUACUGGUGACUUCUAUUUCGAAGUCAGUGAUCCCUCCCCUGUGAUUCAAGAUGACAUUGAUUUGUUCGAUUAUAAUGUUGCUGAACGAGUCAAUGAUUUUGUUGCCGCUGCUCUAGCUCAGGCUAACAUAACUCGAACAAAUCAUGUAAUGUGGACCAUGGGUACAGAUUUUAAGUAUCAGUAUGCAAACUCGUGGUUCCGACAGAUGGACAAGUUCAUUCAUUAUGUAAACAUGGAUGGGCGUGUUAAUGCUCUGUACUCCACACCAUCCAUAUACACCGAUGCAAAAUAUGCUACAAGUGAAUCAUGGCCUGUAAAGACUGAAGACUUUUUUCCUUAUGCAGACCGUGUAAAUGCAUACUGGACUGGAUACUUUACAAGCAGAUCUGCGCUGAAACGAUAUGUUAGGAUGAUGAGUGGCUACUAUUUGGCAGCAAGACAGCUGGAGUUUUUUGGAGGAAGAAGCAGAAAAGGGAUUAGCACAGACUCAUUAGCAGAUGCUUUAGCAAUUGCUCAACAUCAUGAUGCAGUUACUGGGACGGAAAAGCAGCACGUGGCAAAUGAUUAUGCAAAACGACUGUCCAUAGGCUACAGUGUGGCUGAACAGUUAGUUGCAUAUUCACUUGCUUGCUUGGCAGAGUCAACACCGUACAUCGGAUGUCAGAAACCUUCUGUGAAAUUCCAACAGUGCCCGCUUCUGAAUAUAAGCUAUUGUCCUCCAUCAGAAAUCAAUCUGUCUCCUCAGAAAAACUUGAUUAUUGUGGUCUACAAUGCUCUUGGAUGGAAGAGAGAAGAUGUGGUUCAAAUUCCUGUUAUCAACGAAGAUUUUACCGUGCGUGAUUCUGAGGGAAGAGAAAUUGAAUCACAAGUUAUUCCUCUGACCAAUGUCCAUGCGAGCCUAAGGAAUUACCACGUCCAAGCAUACUUGGGUCGGAUCCCUGAUGAGACACCCAAGUACUGGCUUGCAUUUCCAGUCUCAGUUCCUCCUCUUGGUUUUAGCACUUAUACUAUCUCAAGUGCCAAAGGAGCAGGUGUUCUUUCAACCAAAUCAUCUGUGCACAAUUUCCACAGAGGUGAAAAAUCUAAUAUUGAAAUUGGUCAAGGAAAGUUGAAGCUCAACUUUUCUGUGGAUCAAGGCCGAAUGAUUUAUAAUAAUAGCAAAAUCUUGGUUGACGAAUCUGUUGAACAGUCCUUCAGUUUCUACUGUGGAUAUAAUGGAACUUUAGAUGAGAAAUCUCCUCAGAGUGCUGGAGCAUAUAUCUUCCGUCCGAAUGGCACAUUUUCCAUAAAGCCUGAAGGAGAGGUGCCUUUGACUGUUAUGCGUGGAACAGUAGUAGAUGAAGUCCAUCAACAAGUCAAUAGAUGGAUAUACCAGAUCACCAGACUAUACAAGGGAAAAGAGCAUGUUGAAGUUGAGUUUAUUGUUGGGCCUAUUCCCCUUGACGAUGGAAUUGGCAAAGAAGUUGCAACCCAAAUUACAACUAACAUGGAAAGCAACAAAACAUUCUACACGGAUUCUAAUGGACGCGAUUUUAUCAGAAGGAUUCGUGAUUUUAGAACAGACUGGGAACUUGAAGUGAACCAACCUGUUGCUGGAAACUAUUACCCAAUUAAUCUUGGGAUUUACAUUCAAGAUAGUAAAAAAGAAUUUUCGGUUCUGGUUGAUCGUGCUCUUGGAGGAUCUAGCAUAGUGGAUGGACAAAUAGAGCUGAUGCUCCACAGGAGACUGGUACUUGAUGAUUCCAGGGGCGUUGAUGAGGCUCUAAAUGAAACAGUCUGUGUUCGUGAUGAAUGCACAGGGUUGACAGUUCAAGGAAAAUAUUACUACAGAAUCGAUCCCCUAGGAAAAGGUGCAAAGUGGCGCCGCUCCUUUGGACAGGAGAUUUAUUCCCCACUCCUGCUAGCAUUUGCCGAAGAGGAUGGAGAUAACUGGACAAGCUCACACGUCUCCAUGUUCUCAGGGAUUGAUUCCUCAUAUAGCUUACCUGAAAAUGUCGCAAUUAUAACUCUCCAGGUGCUCAAUGAGGACGGAAGCUUUCUCCUCCGUUUAGCGCAUUUAUAUGAGAUUGGAGAGGACAGUGACCUUUCAGGAAUGGCAAAUGUGGAACUGAAGAAGUUGUUCCCCGGCAAGAAGAUUUCCAAAGCCACGGAGAUGAGCUUAUCAGCGAAUCAAGAAAGACUGGACAUGGAGAAGAAGAGGCUUGUCUGGAAAGUAGAAGGUUCUCCGGGCGAGGAGGCCAAGGCGAUAAGGGGUGGACCAGUUGAUCCUACAAAACUGGUUGUAGAACUAGCUCCGAUGGAAAUCCGUACCUUUGUUAUUGGCAUCGAUCACACGUCCAUACACCACAAUGGUUAGCCAUCAUGAUCUGCUCCCACAACUAUGCCUGAAAGCUUCUCCUACCUUGCUUCAUCUAUGUGACCAUUGCUUGCUUACAUUGAGGUUUAAUGAGGGGAAACCUUAAAUGUUGUGGGGUUAUGUAUGGGAUACUCUGGUUAAACAUAAAAUCUGAAAAAUAAAACGUGAGAUUUGCAUUCCAG